AUGUUCUCGCAAUCAGGCUUUGUGCCAGACUUGGUUUUGCUACAGGAAUAUCUUCUGUCAAUUUCAAUAUGUAAGAAGUCUCUUCCUAAAACACCUUCUCUCUCUCUCUCUCUCUCUCUCUCUCUCUCUCAAUCGCUCAUACCCACCCUCUCUCUCAAACACACACACUCUCCUCUCUGUGUCUCUAUGUAUCUCUUUCUCUCUCCACUCUUGCUUUCUCAGGUUCUUUCUUCCCAAACUUUUGUAUACGCUCUCCCUGUUGAGACAGAAAUUCAGCCUGUUCAUCGAUUCAUAUGGAACGAAAACCUGACGAGUUCCCCCCUCUCACCUACGCUGACCACACGAAGCAGCAGCAGCCAAGGCCAGCAGACGUCAGCAGCAGCAGCUAGAGCCAGCAGAGCAGUCCGGCCUCCUCAUCAGCAGCAGCCAAGGCCAGCAGCAGCAGCUAGAGCCAGCAGAGCAGUCCGGCCUCCUCAUCAGCAGCAGCCAAGGCCAGCAGCAGCAGCUAGAGCCAGCAAAACAGCAGCCAAGGCCAGCAGACAUCAGCAGCAGCUAGAACCACCAGAGCAGUCCAGCUUCAUCGUCAGCAGCAGCGACGCAGACAUCAGCAGCAGUCUAUCCUCGGACUACCAAGCUGCGAUCCUGCACGACAGUCUACCCAAGGACAAACUGACUACACCACAGCACUGUCCGCGUCGAUCCUCUCUCUCUGCAAGCGCCGACGCGCCCUUUACUCAAGUACAGACAUCCAGGGAUCGACUGGACCUCGAACAUUGCUGUUCCAUUCGGCCUACUUCCAAGCUGUCGCCUUGA